UGGUGGGUUUAAAAAUUAAGAAAGCCUAGCGAACAAGCAAAGCGAGCAGAAAGUUCAGAACUCGACAAUGGAGUAUCCACUAAUCUAUGAUUGCAGAUUCGCCAUCGGUGAGAAUCCGUACAUCGCGAGGGCUUGUAAGCUCAGAGCCAAGAACAGCUUUCUAUGUCAUGAACGAUUCAAAUUCAACUCAUUCAUCCAACGGAUUAGUCGUCGGCCUCGAGAAAUUAGGGUUGAGAAGCAAGCCCGAGCCAAAAAAUGGGUCUCCUCCUCCUACCAAAGCAAUUGGGAUUCGAUCUCUGUUGCUUGUAUCGAGUGGUUAAAACGCUUUAAUUUCCCUUUAAUACUAGUUUCUGGAAUCAGCAGCAUCUACUUGUUCAGCUUCAAUCUCAGCUCAGAGGCCCAUGGAAAUCAAAAUCCUUUAUUUGGAUCUUCUGCUUGUGAAAAUGUUUCCAAUUACUAUGCCCAUACUGAGAAGAUAAAAGGGAAAGCACUGAAGAAAGAAUUGUACUUUAUCAUUUCAAAUCAUCAUCAAUCCUUGUCCUACAAACAGGUUACAGGGGAGGCUGAAUAUGCUGAUGACACACCUAUGCCUCCUAACGGUCUACAUGCUGCAUUGGUAUUGAGUAGAAAGCCUCAUGCUCGCAUCCUAUCCAUAGAGGAUUCAGACGCCAAGUCUUCACCUGGUUUUGAGGGUUUGUUUCUUCAUAAGGAUAUACCUGGUACUAAUAAAAUUGGACCAGUUAUUGAUGAUGAGGAGCUUUUUGCUUCAGAGUUUGUAACUUGCGUGGGUCAGGUUAUAGGGGUAGUUGUUGCUGAUACCCAUGAAAAUGCAAAAUUAGCUGCAAGAAAGGUCCGUAUCAACUAUGAAGAACUCCCUGCAAUUUUAUCCAUAAAGGAUGCCAUUAAAUCUAAAAGUUACCAUCCUAAUACUGAGAAAAUUUUGGAGAAAGGGGAUGUGGAACUUUGUUUUCAGUCAGGUGCAUGUGACAAAAUUAUAGAAGGGGAGGUUCAAGUAGGUGGACAGGAGCAUUUCUAUUUGGAGACAAAUAGCAGUCUGAUAUGGACAACAGAUGGUGGCAAUGAAGUUCAUAUGAUUUCAUCCACUCAAGCUCCUCAGAAGCACCAGAAAUAUGUUUCUCGUGUUCUUGGUCUUCCAAUGUCAAAAAUUGUUUGCAAAACAAAGCGAAUUGGUGGUGGAUUUGGUGGGAAGGAAACCAGGUCAGCCUUCAUUGCUGCUGCGGCUUCUGUGCCAUCAUAUAUUUUGAAUCGGCCUGUAAAAAUAACAUUAGACAGGGAUAUAGACAUGAUGAUAUCUGGGCAACGGCAUAGCUUUCUUGGAAAGUACAAGGUUGGAUUCACAAGUGAUGGGAAGAUUCUGGCUUUGGAUCUUGAAAUCUACAAUAAUGCCGGAAAUUCGCUGGACCUGUCUGUGGCAGUCCUUGAGCGUGCUAUGUUCCACUCAGAUAAUGUCUAUGAGAUACCAAAUAUCAGAAUCAAUGGAAAAGUUUGCUAUACUAAUUUUCCUAGUAACACAGCUUUUCGGGGAUUUGGUGGGCCUCAAGGCAUGCUUAUUACAGAAAACUGGAUCCAACGAGUCGCCAUGGAGCUUAAGAAGAGGGUUGAAGAGAUAAGGGAGAUCAAUUUUCAAAGAGAAGGAUCUAUUUUGCAUUAUGGUCAACAAAUUCAACACUCCACACUAGCCCAAGUUUGGAACGAAUUGAAGUCAUCUUGUGAAUUUUUUAAGGCCCGGGAGGAAGUUGACCAAUUUAAUCUGCACAAUCGAUGGAAGAAGCGGGGAGUUGCUAUGGUUCCAACAAAAUUUGGCAUUUCCUUCACAACGAAGUUCAUGAAUCAGGCUGGUGCUCUUGUGCAAGUUUACACUGAUGGAACUGUUUUAGUAACCCAUGGGGGUGUCGAGAUGGGACAAGGUCUACACACGAAGGUUGCUCAGAUUGCCGCUUCAUCCUUCAAUAUUCCUCUCAGUUCUGUAUUUAUAUCAGAGACAAGUACUGACAAGGUCCCAAAUGCAUCACCAACUGCAGCUUCUGCCAGUUCUGACAUGUAUGGAGCAGCAGUUUUGGAUGCUUGUGAGCAGAUUAAAUCACGGAUGGAACCUGUUGCAUCUAGACAUAAGCACAGUUCUUUUGCUGAGCUUGUAAGCGCGUGCUACAUAGAGAGGAUAGACCUUUCUGCACAUGGAUUCUACAUUACACCUGAGAUUGGGUUUGAUUGGAAAACUGGUAAAGGAAUCCCAUUCAGUUAUUUCACCUAUGGCUCUGCAUUUGCCGAGGUUGAAAUUGACACUUUGACUGGAGAUUUCCACACAAGAAGAGCAGAUGUUAUGUUUGAUCUUGGAUUUUCUCUGAAUCCAGGCAUUGAUGUGGGACAGAUUGAAGGGGCCUUUAUACAAGGUUUGGGUUGGGUUGCCUUGGAAGAGCUAAAAUGGGGAGAUGCAGAGCAUAAGUGGAUUCCACCUGGCCAUUUAUAUACCUGUGGACCUGGAAGUUACAAAAUUCCUUCUGUUAAUGAUAUCCCUCUCAAAUUCAAUGUUUCACUUCUCAAGGGUGUCCCUAAUCCAAAGGCCAUUCAUUCAUCUAAAGCUGUCGGAGAGCCUCCAUUCUUCCUUGCCUCAUCGGUUUUCUUCGCCAUUAAAGAUGCGAUCAUAGCUGCAAGAGCAGAUUUGGGUUGUAAUGACUGGUUUCCACUUGAUAAUCCAGCAACUCCAGAGCGGAUUCGGAUGGCUUGUAUAGAUGAUUUCUCUGAGCGAUUUGUGAAGUCAGAUUUCCACCCAAAACUUAGUGUGUAGUGCAUUUCAUUUUUGGCUUCUGAUUGUUCCUUUAUUGAAAUCCCAUUUCUGGAUGCUUCAAAUUUGUACAUCUUAUGUGGCUAUACAAACCCUACCCAAAAAAAAAAAUAUAAUGUAAGUAUACAAAUAAUCGUUGUAAGAGGUUCUGAGCAAAAAUAAGUCAAUCAGGUAAUGCAAAGUUCUCUCCUUAUUCUUUUUUCUUUUUUAA